AUGUCGGCGCGCUGCCGCCACCUACUGGCCGGGCAGCGCAACUGCAGCCCAGAAGUGUGCGGGAAGGUCCCGUCUACCCAGGUGGUCCGUGACUACUGCACCAGCUCCAGGAGCGCUGCUCGGAGCAGUACCCUACCCUCAACACCGUACCCGCAGCACCCUGCCCUCAAUACCCUACCCUCAACACCCUACCCGCAGCACCCUACCCGCAGCACCCUGCCCUCAACACCCUACCCUCAACACCGUACCCUCAACACCCUACCCGCAGCACCCUACCCUCAGCACCCUGCCCUCAACACUCUACCCUCAGCACCCUACCCUCAACACCGUACCCUCAACACCCACCCUACCCGCAGCACCCUGCCCUCAACCCCCUACCCGCAGCACCCUACCCGCAGCACCCUGCCCUCAACCCCCUACCCGCAGCACCCUACCCGCAGCACCCUGCCCUCAACCCCCUACCCGCAGCACCCUACCCGCAGCACCCUGCCCUCAACCCCCUACCCGCAGCACCCUACCCGCAGCACCCUGCCCUCAACCCCCUACCCGCAGCACCCUACCCGCAGCACCCUGCCCUCAACCCCCUACCCGCAGCACCCUACCCGCAGCACCCUGCCCUCAACCCCCUACCCGCAGCACCCUACCCGCAGCACCCUGCCCUCAACACCCUACCCGCAGCACCCUACCCGCAGCACCCUGCCCUCAACCCCCUACCCGCAGCACCCUACCCGCAGCACCCUGCCCUCAGCACCCUACCCGCAGCACCCUACCCUCAGCACCUUACACGCAGCGCCUUACCUGCAACCCCUCUGGGCCAGGGUCCCCUGA